AUGGAGUCCUCUGCUCUGCUCCCUGCUCAGGUAUUGGGCAGCACCACCCAGGAGUCUCCCAGGGCUCUAUUCAUCUCCUCGAGCUCCGUCAUGUCGUGCUUCACCCAGCUGUGGCACUCCAGCACACCGGACUCUCCCACCAGCCCGGUCCCUGCAUCUCCACAUGAAAUCCCCAUUCCCAUCAGCCCUAUCGUUAUCACCUCUCCGGUGGACAGCAAGAGGAAAGCAAGGUCCCCAACUGACAAACCAGGCUCUCCAAACCCAACAUCCCCAAAGCCGGCCUCCCCCGUUGAAUGCUCCAUCUGCUUCAACACAUACGACAACACCUUUAAGACCCCCAAGCUGCUCCAAUGCUCGCAUGUUUUCUGCCUGGAGUGUGUGGCCCGUCUGAGCAAAGGGCUGCCCCCCAACCACCCCGAGGACCAGCUCCCCUGCCCCUUCUGCAGGCAGCUGACCAGCAUCCCGCUGGAAGGUGCCCCAGCCCUGGAGACCAGCAAGGAGCUGCUGGCCACUCUGCCCCCCGAGCUCCAGCAGGAAAAGGUGCUCUGGAUGGAAGGCACCAAGCUGUGCUGCCGGCAGGCCUCUGACGACCCCGAGAACCCAGACUCGUGCAUCUCCAUCGACGUUGCCAUGAGCAAACCUGAAAGCCCAGAGGUCCCCCCGACGGGGCUGGCAGGGAGGCUGUCCCGCUGUGACGUGUGUGACGACUGGAAGCGCAUCGUCCUGCUCUCUGCUCUCAUCAUCAUCCUCUUCUGCAUCAUCUUAUGGCCGGUGCAGUGCGCGCUGAAGACGGGGAACCUCCGCUGCUUCACCAGGACUGUUGCAAUGAGCAGGCCAGAAUAUCUCCCCUCGAAACACACCACAGCAGCCACGCCUGUGACACAGCUCCCAUUCCUGUAGCACCAGGCAUAACGUGGCACACCUCCCAAGAGCAUCCCUCGGUGUGCUUGCAGACCCCACGGUCCCCGCUCCCGUUCUGUGCCCACACCUGGACGCACACACUCACCUCCAGCAGCCCAGGAAUGCUCCCAGGAGCUGCCUCAGUUUCCUGCUGCCAAACUCCAUGGAAACCUGAGUCUUCAAAGCUGCUGCAAAGGUGUGACGGGCGACAGAUGAGCUUCUGGGACUGUUUGCCCACAGGCUGAUACCAGGUGACGGUGGCUGUAGCUCCUUCCAGCUCCUUUGGGGAAUAAAGGGCUAGCUUCGUGGCUAUUCCUAAGAGGAGCUGAGCUUAGGAAGGUAAGGACAUGUUGAAGCUGCAGAAGCAGAUGAAAAUUAACCUUAUUCCACAUGCUCAAAACGUUUCCGUUGUGGAUUCAGCACAGGAGGUGUGAAAUUCUGCCUCCUGCUGACAACACAUCGAUCCACCCCUGCUCCUCAGCUGAGCCGAGCGCUGCUGAAUUUCCAACGGAAAAUAAAAGCCACCCUAUUGCCGUUUUGUUUUUCUCUCUAAGAAGGUGCUUAAAAAAGAGUAAGCACUCAGCCUUAACCUGGAAAGGAGAGCAAACUCGCCCUGAGCACGGCAUCACACUGUCCUCCGUGAGCUUCCUUCCCUCUGCUCCCAGGCCAACUGUUACUGAAGCGGCAGAAGUUCCACUUUCUGACAGCUCUACCCUCCUCAUCUUCCAAGGUGUCAGUAUUAAGACACAGGCCAGUUGCUUACACUCUCUUUUUAUUUAACCCAGUGAUCUUCUGACAAUGGUUAAUAAUGGUCUUCGUGAAGAAGGCGGCUUACAAUUAAAUCUUGUUUAUUCAAGCACAUGGAUGUGAGACAGGAUUGUACACAAGUACCAUGGAUGUAUUAAAUUAUGUUUUAUACAAUGCAAGGUGUCAGUGUGUAACAUUUACUCCCUGUUUCCCCCCUUAAAGGACGCAGCAGCAGCACAGUUGUACUCUUUAUCCACUGCCUUCAUACUUACUGCCAUCCCAGUGAUGCCGUCCCAAGCACAACCACCCCUGAAAAAGGAGAAGCUGCAAAGACUGCUCAUCUUUUGCUUCUUCCCAGCUGGGUCAAAGAUGUCUUCAGUCUCCCUUUGCAGCAAAUCUGAUCUGAAAUACAAAAGGCUGAAGCAACAGCAGAAGUACCCCAAGUCUGUUGCUAUGCAAAACUUCUGUAAAGCUUCUGAGUGCGUUCUGUAUCUGCACCACCUUUGUUGUCGAGCUGCAGGCUGCUAUUAUCUGUGCCAGCCACACGGCUGCAGAAAUUAGUCCAGGAACUGCAACAGCUUCUGCCAAAGGCCCUGGGCUCGACAGGGAUUCUCCCUUGCAUCAUCCCACCGCUUGCUGCUGUGAAGGAUAUCUUCACAGCACCAGCUUAAGUGCGUUCUUGGAAAAAGUGGCUCACUGAGACUUAGGGCAGAGAAGGCACUUUCAUCCUAAAAGGUGCAUUUGAGAUUAAGCCCAGCAAACUGGCACUAGCAGGGAUGAAGUGUUCUGUCACACUGCUCAAUCCCACUGAUGAGACCUAAGGGCAGGGGGGAGGGAAACAGCAUCUUCAGCCUCAUCACACCCAUUGUUAU